AUGGGUGGUGUUUCUGCUGCUGUCUCCAAGACUGCCGCCGCUCCCAUUGAACGUAUCAAACUUCUUAUCCAGAACCAAGACGAGAUGAUCAAGCAAGGACGUCUUGCAUCACCCUACAAAGGCAUUGGCGACUGCUUCUCCCGCACCGUCAAAGACGAGGGUAUGGCCGCCAUGUGGCGUGGAAACACCGCCAACGUAAUCCGUUACUUCCCUACUCAGGCCCUCAACUUUGCCUUCAAGGAUAAGUUCAAGCGCAUGUUCAACAAGGACAAGAAGAAGGACGGCUACUGGCCUUGGUUUGCAGGCAACCUUGCCUCGGGUGGUGCCGCUGGUGCCUGUUCCCUGUUCUUUGUCUACUCUCUCGAUUACGCCCGUACUCGUCUAGCCAAUGACGCCAAGUCCUCCAAGAAGGGUGGUGAGCGUCAAUUCAAGGGCCUUGUGGAUGUCUACCGCAAAACAAUUGCUUCUGACGGUAUUGCUGGUCUUUACCGUGGUUUCAAUAUCUCUUGCGUUGGUAUCAUUGUUUACCGUGGUCUCUACUUUGGUAUGUACGACUCUAUCAAGCCCAUCAUGCCCGAGCAUCUUCAGAGCAGCUUCUUGGCCACUUUCUUACUCGGCUGGGCUGUUACCACUGGUGCUGGUCUUGCUUCCUACCCCAUUGACACUGUCCGUCGUAGAAUGAUGAUGACUUCUGGUGCUGCCGUCAAGUACGACUCGUCUCUCCACGCCCUAAGGGAAAUUGUCGCCAAGGAAGGUACCAAAUCUCUGUUCAAGGGUGCCGGUGCCAACAUUCUCCGUGCAAUUGCUGGUGCCGGUGUCCUCUCUGGUUACGAUCAGCUCCAAUUGAUCAUGUUUGGCAAGAAGUUUGCCUAG